AUGUUGUUAUUGACAGAUGAUCCAUUAACUUUAAGUCAAUCGAAAAUUGAAUAGUUUGAACUCAAAUUAACAUUCGAUAUUUAAUUUUUAUUAGAGGUUGAGUUCAAUUUUAACACUCCAAAAAUUUAGAUAGCAAUGUAGAAUCUCAACUUUAAAGAGUAAGACUUAAUAUAAAAGAAAUAUUCCUAAUUCUAAAUAUAAGAUGAAGAGAAUUAUAUAACAGAACAACGGUAUCUUCUUCAUUUGCAUUAAAUUGCACAAAGAAAAAAAUUAUUAGUAAAAGAAAGGAAUAAAAUAAAAAAAGAGGAAGCUGAAACUUUGAAAUACGAUUAAUAGAUGAAUACUAGAUAUUAUUCAUAAACUGAAAGUUUCAAUUAUUUAAAUAUUGAAAAUGCAAUAUCAAUGUUAGAUAAGAGAAUUGAAUUAUAAUAAAUUAAAAAAGAUAGAACUUAAUUAAUACUGAAAAAUAAGAUAAGGGAAUAAAUUGAAGAAGAAUUGAAAAUAUUGAAUGAAAAUAAAGCUUAAGAAUAAGAGAAUUUACGUGUUAAAAAAUUAAGAAAGCAAAAUCUUAAAGCUAUUAGUGAUAGAGCUCAUUCUUUUAAUUAAAAAACUCAAUAAGUUGCAAAAAAACAUUAAGAAUCAAUUUAAUAUGAAUAAGAAAAGGCAUUUGAAAAAUAAAAAGAAAUUCUUUAAAAAGAUAAACUAGAGUAAAAAUUCUAUUAUUUUUAGAUUAGAUGAUUCAGAAAGAGGAUUAUAUCAAAAUUAAAUUAAAUAAAAAGAAAAAGAGCUGAAAGAAUUACUAAAAUAAAAAUAAGUAAAUGAUAGAAUUAAAUAAAUCAAAUAAUAAGAGAUUGAAUAAUGCAAUUAAUUAUAUACAAAGAUUCAAUCUAAAUUAAAUAAAUCUCAAAUUAAUAGACUAAGUUUAUUAGACAACAACAAAACUUCUAUUUUAUAAAUUACCUAAUCUCAUUAAAAAGUUGAAGAAUCAUAAAAAUUUUUAGAAAAAUAUAUUUAAAAGUAAACUAAAUAUAUAAAUAAUUCAAAAGAGUCUUAAAGAUAAUUAUCAAAAUUAAAAAAGCGAAAAAAUAUCAAAUAACAAUUUAAUUAAGAAAAAUAAACAAACUACACAAAAAUAGAAGAAACUUACCCUGAAAAAAGGAGUUCAAAGUAUUCUCCUCAAUUAAAUAAAAAAAAUAAGUCUCGAAGUUUAGUGAACUUAGAUAAAAUAAAUCUCUAGUAAUUAGAAAAAGUUAAUAAAGUUCUUGAAAAAUAAAGAUCAAGCAGCAUUUUAUAAUCUUAAAUAAAUGAAAGAAAAUAAAUUCUUAGAGAAGCAAGCAAAAGUAAUUUUCAUCAAAGAAAUCAAUUCUAAGAACUAUAGAAUGAUUUAUCGAAGAUCAAAAAUAAUGUUUCAAAAGAAUUUUUGUUUAAAUAAAUUUCUAAAUGGGAUUGCUUAGAUUUAAUAAAUAAAUAUUAUAAAUGA